UAUUCUACUAAUUAAAUUUGUUGCAUGUGACCAAAAAUUAAAAAAUGGAAGGCAAAACCAGCAAUGACAAAUUCAAGCUUGCAUAUAUUCUCCAUUUCUUUCUAGGAGCUGGGAAUUUGCUGCCAUGGAACGCCCUGAUCACCGCGGUCGACUACUUCGGCUCCAUCUACCCCGGUCGCCACGUGGAGAGGGUCUUCUCCGUCGUCUACAUGGGCUCGUCGCUCCUACUUCUCGUCAUCCUCUUGAACUGCCGCAAGUGUUUGAGGCUGAGUUUGAGGCUGAGACUCAACUUGGGGUUUUCAAUGUUUCUUGUCUCACUAAUGGCUACUCCUGUGAUGAAUUGGACAUUCCCCAAAAUGAUGAGCUCAGCAGCCUCUUAUUAUGUGGUGGUUGUCACAGUCUUCAUCUGUGGAUUUGCCGAUGGCUUGAUCGGUGGUAGCUUGAUCGGAGCUGCGGCCAACCUCCCCAAGCACUACAUGCAGGCUGUCUUCGCCGGCACCGCCUCCUCCGGUGUAUUGAUAACGAUAUUGAGGGUGAUAACAAAAGCGUCACUUCCUCAAACACCACAAGGCCUAAAAACGAGUGCAGAAUUCUACUUCGUCGUGAGCUCUGCAGCCCUAAUUUUAUGCAUCAUCAGCUGCAAUCUCCUCUUCAAAUUGCCGGUAAUGCAGCAUCACUAUCGGAAUUUCCGAGAAAUUUUACCGGUCAACAGCUGCUCCAAGCUCAGAUUACGGGAAACUUUCAGUAAAAUUAGGUUUCCGGCGUUGGGGAUGGUGAUGAUCUACACGGUGACGCUGUCGAUUUUCCCGGGUUUUUUAGCGGAGAACAUUAAAUCGGAGGUGCUCAAGGAUUGGUACCCGAUCGCGCUGAUCGCGACGUACAAUUUGGCGGAUUUCGUGGGGAAGGCGGCGACGGCGGUGUAUCUGAUGGAGGGGAUCGGGGCGGCGGCGUGGUGGUGCGUGGCGAGGCUGGCGCUGUACCCGCUGUUUGUAGGGUGUUUCCGGGGGCCGGAGUGGCUGAGGACGGAGGCGCCGGUGGUGGUGCUGACGUUGGUGCUGGGCUUAAGUAAUGGCUACCUUACUAGCGUGCUGAUGAUCCUGGCGCCGAAGACGGUGCCGGAGGAGGAGGCGGAGGUGGCCGCCAUUGUUAUGGCGGUGAUGCUGGCGGUGGGGCUAGUGGCGGGGUCGGUCAUUGCCUGGUUUUGGAUCAUUUGAAAUUUAACGCUGUUAUGUCCAAAUUUGUGUCAAAUUAUUUUAGUAGCCACAUUGAACCAACAUACGUGCAUAUUUAAUUAACAUAAAAAUUUUAAGUUAAAAUUAAAAAUAACGCCAAUGUCACAUUUCUGAUUUA